UUUCUUGUGAUUGAAAACUCAAUCAAAGGGAAACAACUCUCAUGUCAAUCAGUCACAAACAGAGGGAGGAGUGUUGCAGACGAGAGGUGUGAGAAUUUAUUGAAAUUCUACGUGAAUCGAGUGACUGUCACCUGUUUGUUAGAAAACAUAUGACAACGUGUGAAAGAAUCGAUGUUCUAAGGACAAAAUCUAGCUUUCUACUCGAUUGAAAUUCUCUGAAGACGGUAGGAACAUGGAUGAGUUUUCAUCAACACGACACAUUGUGGGUGAUGAAUCAUCCGAAUAUGAUCACGAUGAAGAAAGCGUUAAACUCGGACCACCGAAAAAAGGUACAAGUAUAAAUGGUGAUGGGAUGGACAAUGUUCAAACGUCUACAGACCCUCUAACCACUGAAAAGUCCAGUUCUGCUGUGAGAAACAGAGGUACAACUAGUGCUGGACUACUCCAUUCCAUUGACCGCACAUUUUACGACUCAGUAGAAUCACAGCCAAACCAUGGGAUAACAUGCAGAGGCAAAUCCAAGAUGGCUUCUAAUCGAAUUCCAGAAUGGGCUUGGACUUUACUGGUGCACGUUUUAGGAAUACAGUGUUCCGAAUCCGCUAUCAGGACAAAAUGCUUGGCAAUAUUUUUGCAAAUACUUACGAUUUUAGUGGCCUGCACCUUUGCAGUGAGUGGAAUAAUGCAUACUGUCUACGAUAUUAUUUCGAAAUUCUCUGAUACAAGUCUCCUGAUGGGAAUUGUGAAUUUGAUUCUUGGGUUCAGUUGGAUAUGUUUGGGAAUUUAUUCGAAUAGAUUGUCCAAAAAACUUUUCAGUAAUCGUAACUUUGUGGAAAGUGUUCGAAUACACUCCAGAACAUUUUUUAAAAUCAGUGCAGCUGGACUGUUGAUAGUUCUGGGUGUGAUGGCUGUUGUCAUCAACGGCUAUGUUAAAUAUACUGGGUUUGGUCCGAGACAUUGUCAGAAGCUGAAUAUAUCCCCUGUCAUCUGUCAUGUGAUGUAUUCCUCCCAUGUUACGUUCUCAGUUAUCUCCCUUUUAUGGAAUUUACUUGUUGGGUGUAUGCUGCUUUCUGUGUGCCGGACACAUACCAUAGGUGUACGUCGGUUUAUCAGAGUGCUGGAGAGCGAUGCCAAAUUGUACAUGGAGAUUUGUGGUGGAAAUCACUCCAAGUUAAAUCAUAAUGACAGCAAAGAUAUGGACCUUAUAUCUAAUGCUUCAUCAAAAUGCGAAUGGUUUAUAUGGGAUGAUGAUGUAAACAGAGAUGGAUUUUCUGACAGUUUGGUCCAUGACAAAAGAUUGGAAACCUCACAGGUGACCCUUACAUCAGUUCACUCUGGGAAUCAGGCUGAGGGAUAUAGGCAUUCUGCUGUAACAAGACACGCCCCCUCUAGAAGCGACGCCCACAUAACUGGACACUCCCACAAUGAGGAACAGUCCAUCUCUGGGCAUGCACAUCCAGUCAGUUACAACUCACAGCUGGAGGAGACUCUGAUGGAAGAUAAAACACUGACAAGAUCAGUCCUCACUAACGAAGAGCUGUUGAUGUGUUACUGGAAAAUUUCGCACCGGAUGCGCAUCACAUCGACAUGCCUUCAGCGAUGGCUGGCUAGCUGGAUCCUGUUUGUCUUGUUAUGGUGCGGAGACUAUAUUCUCUACUGGAUCAGCCAUGCUGCAGUCAUUUGGGAGGUCAUUGAGUGCAUCAUCCCACUCCUUCUCUUACUCAUUGUGUGUUCAGCAUUCGCUGAAGCCAAUGGUGAAGGUCAACGAAUGAUUAGGUGCAUCUGUCCCACGGAGGCCAGACUAAAGUUACUGUAUUUCCUAACACAGCAGCCAUUGCAGAUGCAUGUUUUUAAUUUCUCCAUCACCUACAAUGCCAUACUUGGUGUUGUGGCAGCCUUUGCUGUGGCCUUCGCCUCACGGAUCAUUCUUGAUGAAGUUAACAUUGGCAAAUAGAAUUGUGGCAUAUUUUAGGAGAUGAUAUAUAACAGAUUUGUGUCAUGAUUACCAUAAUAUGUACUCAAGGUGAUGAUAUUAAACCUAUUUGUUGGUAUGUAAAUAACUCAAUUGUUAAAUACUCCAUGUUAAAAUGAUCAGAGAAUGUUCUUCUAUUAAGUGUAGAAAAAGUUACUGAAUACAGAAUUUUUAUAUUGGAAGUUUCUGUAAAGUAAAAAUGUUAGAAGGAUAAAUAGACUUUGCGUAUAUAUAUUUUUUAUAGAUGUUUAAGUGUUAGGGGUCAAAGGUCUUUAUGUGGGAUCCCACCAUUUUAUGCUGUUAUUUGUUAAGAACUGUUUACAUUUUUUUUCAUAUACCAAAUUCAAGAAAAACAGAAAUGAACAUGAAACUGAUUUUAUAAAAA